AUGUUAAUGCGCUUUGUUUUUGUCUUAUCUGUAGCCAUAACCAGAGGACGACUACGUUCAUACAUCCAGUGACAGGCCAGAUCUCUGCUGAGAACUCUGAUUUCAGACUUCAAGACCAGACUGGCCGACACAUGCUGAGGCAGCCACAGUCCAACACACGGCCCUCCAGCACCAUCAGUGAGGCCUCGACUGCCGUCACUUCUUCUACUCUGGACACCACUUCAGGCUCAAAGGGAUCCAAGUCCAGUGGAAGGGUUCAUAGCUUUGGCAAACGGGAUCAUGCCAUAAAGAGGAAUCCCAGUGUUCCUGUCGUGGUCCGUGGAUGGCUCUACAAACAGGACAGCUCAGGGAUGCGUCUGUGGAAGAGAAAAUGGUUUGUUCUAGCUGAUUAUUGCCUCUUCUACUACAAAGCCAAAAAAACACUCAUCGCGAAAAAGAAAGGAUAAGUAAAGGCCUGAUUAUUUUACGGACCUUGUCACGAGCGCGUCGUUUCUGAAUUUCUGUUAAAACCAUGGUUUGGUAUUCCUCUAGUAUCACUGUCCCUUUGAGCAAAGGAAUAAGUCUCCUGACAGCUCUCUCCACAGUUUUUCCAUUGUUGUCAGCGUUAUGCCUGAAAAUGAUUUAGUGGGCUGUCACACUUUUAAGUGUCAAGAACUUACUCCUCUUACUUGGAAAAAAUGCAUUUAACUUGCACCAGAAUAUUUUUUAUUUGAUUUUAUUGUGCACAUUUUAGGAGGGUGUACUUAACAUUUUCAUUAGAAAUCACUGUGAUACUAAAAUCUUAUUUGCCUGAAUAAUUUUUAUAUAUAGAUCAGACAGACUCUCUGGAACAUUAUAUUUCCAAAGGACACUAACAUAUCUUCUACGUAAUGAG